AAAAAUUAAAAACACAAAAAAAAAGCGAGUUCAUGGAAGGAAUCGUCUUCCCGCAAGAUGGAAACUUGAAGUGAUCUUUGGAUUUGAAUUGGCGUUAAAAUGAUGAACAGAAGCUCGAAAGCAGCCACUUUUAUACCUCAACCCAAUUGUUUCCGGCAACCGGCGGCUCUGUUUCAUUCCAGUCCUGUUCUUGAACGCAAAAGACGCAGUUUUUGGGAUUCUGUUUAUUUAUAUAUGGUUUGGCUUUGCGUAGAAGAUGCACGGAGAUCUCAUGGUUAUGCCCGGCGGUCAAGGAAGCUGAACGGAAAGCAUUCAGUAUUUAACAAUGUCGGCGCUUAUGUAGACUACUUAUUCAAGAACUCGGGGAAUGAUUUUGAUGAAGAUAAUCAAUCGUCAAGCAGAGGCAACUCAUGGUUUAGAAAGCAAUAUCCUGGAGGAUUCAGACAAAACGGGAAAGGCAAUCAGGGAGCUAGGCGUCCGAGUAGAAAAGAUUUCCAAUUUUGUGAGGAUGAGGUUGACAUCGAGACCAUCUUCCGAUCUGCAUUUGGUGGAAAUCGAUACUUCUAUUGGUCUUUUAUAAAUGAAGAGAACCCUCAAUGGAGGAGAUCAUCUAACUACUCUAAUUACUAUGCGAGGAACGGAAGAUACCGGUUUGAUGAUGAUUAUGAUUCCUCAUCGGACUCUGAUAAUAUGGGGCCAGAGUCGGCGUCAGAUAGGCUCGCCCUAGGGAUGAGUGCUUCUGGUCCUCUUAAGAUUGAAGACGUAAAAAAUGCAUAUCGGAUGUGUGCUUUGAAAUGGCAUCCAGAUCGUCACCAGGGUUCUUCGAAGGCUAUUGCAGAGGAAAAGUUCAAGCAUUGUAGUGCAGCAUAUCAGUCUUUGUGCGAUAAGCUGUCUCCUGCUUAAAGACCACCAAAAGUAUAUCUCUCUAAACUCGACCUCAAGUAACCUAUGUUGCAUGGAAACAAACUUUUUGCAAGUCUAAGUUUUGGUGUUUCAAAUCUGUUUCCGGAAACGCUUCUAAAACCAGGAAACUCUAUUUAUAACCGAUUCUUAUAAAAUGUUUCCGUGUUACAUAGCCAGUCACUUACGUUUUGUUGUAGAUUUAGCGCACUCUCAUUGAAGUUUAUUUAGUAUCCGAGAAGUUUCAAGACAUGAGAGGUGGAAUUAGCAACAGGUUUAGGAUUGGAAUAACCAACAGAAAAUGAUAGUAAUAGCAUGCCUUGAGGCUGAUUGUACUGAAUAAGAUUUCUAAUUUUGUGAAAUUCAAGAUAGAUUUAGAACA